AUGAAAAUGAACUUCACAUAAAUAUUCAAGCAACAAGUACAAUACCAACUUAUGCAAAUAUUACAAAUUAUUGUUUUUUUAAUCUUGCUGGCCAUGUACGUCUUUUUUAGCUACUGGAUUAAAAGAGAUAAACAAGCAUAUUGUUACAAUUAAUGCUGAUAAAUGGACAUUUAUGAAUAUUGAAAAUAAUUUACAAUUAGAAAAAAGUUUACCUGUUGAUUUAACUGUUUAUGAUUUACGACGUCCUAUUGAAUUAAACAAAAAAAGAUUAUACACCAUUCCUGGAGGUGGAUAUAAUAAUAAUUUUUGUAUCUCACGUCCUAGUAUUAGAAGUUAUAGAUUUCACGCUAGAAUUUUACAUCCAAAUUCGGGAAGAUUUCUAGAAGUUUAUUCUAAUCAACCUGUUUUACAUUUUGACACUGGAAAUCAUUUUUCAAAUGAGAGAAAAUUAAAUUCACCAAUUUUGGAAAAUAUUUCGGAAAGCAAAAAUCAGAAAGGAAAAUUAGAAAAGAAACUAAAUUAUGAAAUAAGAUGCAAAAACGGUGCAUUAUACAAAAGGCACUGUGGUUUUGCUUUAACUCCUCAAAAUUAUCCAGAUGCUGUUAAUAAAAAUUCAUUUUCACAUUAUAUUCUUCGACCGGGAAAAGUUUAUAAUCAUAAUAUGACUUAUAAAUUUGGCGUACUUCAAAAAUGCUAAUUUUUAUCAAGUUAUAAAAAGUAAACAUCAAUUAAAUUAAAGGCAGUAAAUAAAGAAGCAAU